CCCCCCUCGAAACGCCAGGAUGCAAGCCGUUCCUCCUUCUUUCCACUUAAAGUCUUAGUUGACGUCAGGUCAGCUGACCUUGUUCCCCCCCCCCCUCCUGGACGCAAUGCGAGGUUUCCUGCUUACGCAGAAUGAAUGCAUUGUUCUCUCUCCCCGUUAGCUUCAGCAAGGUAACAGCGCUGCUUCCAAAAUUAGUUUCGUUUAUGUUGAAUUGAUCUUGUGAAAUUCUGUUUCGGCCUGUGCAGUGUCUGAAGGGGGAAGAGUGCCCUCACGACGUGAUCAAGGUUGCAUCAAGUUGUGAGGUUAAUCUUGUGUUUGUAAUUUUGGAAACGCCACAGUGCUGGCCAAUCCCAGGGAGUCAAAUGGGAAGACAUUGACCUGGCUCUCGAGAAGGAGGUGUUUGGUCUCAGCAUGUGUGGUUAUUGUCUCAUUUAGCAAAGCACUUCAUGAAGAUGCAAGAAGGACACAUGGUUUCAUCAAGCUCUGUUGUUGUAACUGCAACACCAUUCCAAUUAUCUGCCGAAUCUUGUCAGAUCUAAGCAUGCCCCCUGCCAAUGACGUGGUUUGUGACUGCAGUCUGGUACACUGGUGCGGUGUUUUUGCUGAUUCUGCUAUCAUCUUGUGGAGGACAGCAAAUUCGGAAUUAUGGUGAAACUUGUUUCUCUGAUGUUGAAUGCAUGGAUCGUCACAUGCUGUGUCAGUCCACAGAAAGAGAUAGCAAUGUAACACGUUGCUACUGUGACAGGUUCUACAGUUGGCAUGAAGAGCUGAAAGAAUGUGUGCAGGCAGACAAUAUAUCUCUGGGGUUGCCUACUCUUGAGCAACAGGAUAUUGUCAAACAGAAGUCACAGUCUGAACACAAGAUGUUCAUUAAGAUCAGCAUUGUUGGACUGAUAGCUGUCAUCUCAAUAUCUGUCUUCCUGCUAUCCUGCAUCGCAUAUGGCUGCUGCUCUUGUACUCGGGUCAGUAACACAAAAACAAAUGAGCCUGCCACAUCCUGUCCACCAACGUGCCCACUACAUCAUGUACCACUGUUACAGCAAGAUAAAUUAGAUGCAGACCAAGAAAAGAAGAAACAGUGGCGAGAUAUGCCUUGUCCCAUUCCAACUGCCUUAGACGAUGUAGACAUCUGCUAAAACCUGUGGAAUAACAUCAAUGAUGCAGCAUGUUUUUACAAUAAUUUUUACAUGUUCACUCAGGAUAAAUUGUAUAUAAAUGUAAACUUGUUUACGAAUUUUGCAUUGCAAUAAAUUAAUAUUGUUUAUGUCA